GGGGGAGGAGAGAGCGAGAGAGAGAGCGAGAGAGAACACUGAGGGAGACUGAGAGUAAGAAAGAAAGAAAGCAAAGCCGGUCUGCAGGAUAUCUGAGUUCCAAUAUCACAGCUCUCCUCAUUCCCAGGACAGGACUUUUUAUGCCUCACAGAAUCUGGAUUGUGAUUUUAUUACAAGCGAGCUGAUUUUUUUUAUAUUUCUUUUUUUGGUAUCUUGCGAAGGAGAUUGUGCUGGGGGACAGUGGAAAAUAAAUAUUUCUCUACAUGGUAUUGCUUCUUUUAAAGCCUAGAUGUUUCCCAUUUUGCUUUGGAAUUAACGACUGGUUAAAAAAGGCAAAGAAGUACAAAAAAUCUCAUCAGACCUUAUUGCUGUCUGGAAUUGUAAUUUCAGAAGAAGAAAAAGAAGAAGGGCCAGGGGCACUACACCCUGUCAACGAGUUUCCUGCAUCAGAGAUAAGGAUUCCAGCUACAUGGGCAAACGCUUGGAACAGCAACCAAUGUACCCUCAGUACACUUACUACUACCCCCAUUAUCUCCAAACCAAGCAGCCCUAUGCGCCAGCUCCCCACCCCAUGGCUCCUCCCAGCCCCAGCACAAACAGCAGUAACAACAGCAACAUCAGUGGGGACCAGCUGAGUAAAACAAACUUGUACAUUCGAGGACUUCCGCCAUGUACCACGGAUCAGGACCUCAUAAAGCUGUGCCAACCGUAUGGAAAAAUUGUAUCGACAAAGGCAAUUCUUGACAAAAACACGAAUCAAUGCAAAGGAUAUGGAUUUGUAGAUUUCGACACUCCUGCUGCAGCACAGAAAGCAGUCUCAUCUUUAAAAGCUAGUGGAGUGCAAGCUCAGAUGGCAAAGCAACAAGAGCAAGACCCUACGAAUCUUUACAUCUCAAAUUUGCCAAUCUCAAUGGAUGAGCAAGAACUCGAGAACAUGCUGAAGCCAUUUGGCCAUGUUAUUUCUACUAGAAUAUUGAGAGAUGCCAGUGGGGUCAGUAGAGGAGUUGGGUUUGCCAGAAUGGAGUCUACAGAGAAAUGUGAAGUAGUAAUUCAACAUUUUAAUGGAAAGUAUUUGAAAACACCUCCAGGAGUACCAGCCCCGCCAGAGCCUUUACUGUGUAAAUUUGCUGAUGGAGGGCAAAAGAAGAGGCAGAACCAGAGUAAAUACACACAGAAUGGCAGACCAUGGACAAGAGAAGGAGAAACUGGAAUGGCUCUGACAUAUGACCAAGCAGCAGCUAUGCAGAACGGAUUUUAUUCUUCCCCAUAUAAUAUUGCCCCAAAUCGUAUGAUUCCACAGACAUCAUUUAUUGCCGCUUCCCCUGUUUCUACAUAUCAGGUCCAGAGUACAUCCUGGAUGCCUCACCCACCAUAUGUUAUGCAACCAACAGGGGCUGUUAUAACACCAGCAAUGGAUCACACCAUGUCAAUUCAGCCUGCAAAUAUGAUGGGCCCUUUAACCCAACAAAUGAACCACCUCUCUUUGGGGACAACCGGGACAUAUAUGACUGCUGCUGCACCUAUGCAAGGGGCAUUCAUCCCUCAGUAUAAUCCUGUGCCUCCAACAGCUGUACAAGUUGAAACAGGACCAUCUUCACAGGAGGCCAGUGGACAACAGCAACAGAUAACUGUAGAGACAAACAAUGAACACGCAUCUGCAUACUCCUACCAACAGUCAAAACAAUAAAUUGAUCUAAGAAUGUUGGUCUGAAAACUUUGCCUUGAAUGAAGAAACUUCAUCCAUCAUGAAGUUGGCUUCCACUUUGCACAGGCAUUAAAUAAAAGCUUCUUUUUUUCCUCCCCUUCCAUUUUCUACCUUGCUCAACAAACCGUUUUUAUGUGCCGUGCAAAAAAUAAUUUCGUUAUGUAGUCUGACAAUUUUAUUUUUGCUACUUUUUUAAUUCAUGAUAAGCCUGGGGAAACAGUGUGCUGUUAACAUUUCAUUGGGAAGAACAUUUAAAUCCCAAGGCAUCUGGAGAUGUAGCUAUGAUAGACUUCCCAACCAGUAAAAACGAUGGAUGUCAAGAGGGAGCAAGAACAGACUAAAACAUAACUGUCUUCCUCUAUAAGCUAUUUUUUGAUUUGUUUAUAUUGAUCUUUUUCUGACAAGAAUGAAUAUGUAAGGUUUAUCUUGAAUAUUAAUUGCCUUAAUUUUAAGGAUGUCAGAGGAUUCCUGAUCAAGUAGUCAACAUCUUAAGGCAUAUAACAUGGCAUUUUAUUUGUACCUAUGAUCUGGUACAGAUUUUAGUAUGGGGUUUAUUGGUAUGAAAGAAUGACAUACAGUUUGAGAUGAAAAUCCUUCCUUCUUUGGAUGAAGACCUUUGUUUAUAAAGAACCAACGUCUGCAAGAAUAUGACCGAUUUGGGGACUUCAUUGAACUUAUCGACAGUGUUAAUAUGAAUAAAUAGAUGGCUGUAGCUUUUUGCAGUGAACUGAAAUCACAAAACAAGAGAUUAUACUGCAUUUGGGUGAAAUGCAGCUUUUAUUUGGUUAAAUGCUUUCUUCUUUGGUUUUAUUUUUUUAUGUUGCCAAGUGUGGUCUCUAGAAAAGAUAUUAGUGCUUUUUAUCCGCAAUCUUUUUUAUGAGUUUUAAGGACUUUUGAGUAUGCUAUGCUUGACAUUUUGCGCAAAUUAGCUUAGUAGCAUUGAAAAUAUAGGAUGUAUAUGGUUAAAAAAAAAAGUGCAAAACAAAAAAAAAGCAAUAGAUAGAAGAAAUUGUUGACAAUUUCUAUAGUCUUUCCUAGUUGUGAUCAAAUGCAGCCUAUGGAUGGCCUAUUUUAUACCAAAGAUGACAUGACACCCUAACACAGUUCUGAAGAUAGAGGUUUUUUUUUAAUCUUUAUUUGACCUACAUGGCCGGACCAGUUUUUACUUUUAUCUUUGUUUAAACUAUCUUCCACUGGUAUUCUACGUAGUACCUUUGUUUGUAAAAAAAACAUUUAAUGAUUUGUUUGUUAUCUCAAUGUGUUUGAGCAGUUGCAACAUAAGGUUACAACAAACAAAAAGCCAACUAUUGUAUAUGUAUGGCAUCUACAGAUCCUGUUUUUUAUGGCAUAACCUGAUCUUUUUGUACAGUUAUAAGUCUUCAUUUUUCUCAAACCUGUUGAAAGUUAAUUUUUACAUUUGAAAUGUCAUCUGAAAUUUGUUUUCAAUAUCCCCAUGAAUUUAAGACUUGUUGUAGAAUAAUUACAUUGAAGGUGACUGCCAUGUCUGUCAGGGUAUUUAUAUAAAAGUCCCUCCAUUACCAACACCAGAACCAACAGACCAGACUGUGGAACUUAGCUAUUGCAGGCUAUGGGAAUGAUCUGCCUAACAGCAAUACAGGUGAGACAUGCUACUGCGACUAACUGCAAGUGAUAAAGCGGUAAAUACUGUUUAAGUGCAAUAAAACAUCACCCAGAAAGUUUGUAAAGCCCUAUGGCAUCACUGCUUCAGGGAAAAGCAGUAGUUUCCUUUAAUAAUUUGGCAAUUACAUAUAGGGGCCCAUUUACUAAGGGUCAAAGUGAAUUUUCAAAUUCAGAAACAUUGAAUAUCAAAGUAAUUUUUGGGUAC